AUGAUGGAUCCUGCAUCGACACAGAAACGUUGGAAUGGACGAAGAUCCGGCCAAGCGGCUUCCUCGUACGGUGCGGAUCGUAAUGCGCCUCGGAACGUGCAUCGGAGUAUCGAAGGCGGGGCCUAUCCUAUGCAGGGUACCACUCAGCAGCCGUUCUAUAAUCCUAUGCUGAAUAUGAACCAAAAUGGGGGGCAGGCCACUCCAAGGUCUCACGGUUAUCAAUCCCAAGGCCAGAAUCCCAUGUCACAUGGCCAACACCACACGCCUUCAAUACAGAACCAAACACCUUUCGAUCCUUUCCAGGGCUUACCACCCUUGGACCCGAACUUCUUCCAAAUGUCACAGAACAUGCCUUGGAUGUUUCCCCCCUUCGAUGCCUCAAUACCCAAUAUGCCUCCCUUCCCUUUCUUCCCCUUCGACAUGAACACCCCACUACAACAACAAAGUCACCGCCCCAUGAGCACAAUGUCACAAGGUACAAAAGGCCGUUUCGACUCUGCUUCCCAUCGAGCACGGGGGUCGCCAGGACCACCAAUCAAAGUCCCCCUCCCAACCCAACAAUACACAAAACAAGCCUCACUGAAACCCGAACCAUCAGCGAAACGCCCGCUCCUCAUCAUCCUAGAUCUAAACGGAACUCUCAUCUUCCGCAAACUGCGCAAAUUCCCACCCAAAUUCGCCAGGCGCGCAGGACUAGACUACUUCCUCGCAACGCUAAUCAAAGAAUACAAAGUCAUCAUCUGGUCCAGCUCUCAACCAGCAACUGUAAACGCAGUCUGCGAGCAGCUAUUCCCAGGCUCCAUGCACGACGCCCUCGUCGCCCGCUGGGGCCGCGACAAGUUCGGCCUCACUGCUGCCCAAUACAAUUCCAAGCUGCAGGUCUACAAGGAGCUGCGCAAGGUCUGGGCGGAGCCGAGUAUCCAGGCUGCGUUUCCUGGAAACGAGCAUUUGAAAGAUGCUGCGAACCUGCGGCCUGGUCAUCGCUGGGAUCAAUCGAAUACCAUUCUCAUCGACGAUAGCAAGCUCAAGGCUUCCAGUGAGCCGUUUAAUAUCCUUGAGAUCCCGGAAUUCCUCGGUGAUCCGAAUAUCGACGAGUCGAAACUUUUCGGGAAGGUGCUUGCUCGUCUUGACUUCCUUUCGAGACAUGAUGAUGUCAGCAAGGUCCUUCGUGAAUGGAAUGAUCGUGUUGCGAAGGGAGAGGGCACCAUUCUAGACUUGGAUAUCGGGGUAGAAGAAGAGGACUAUGACUACGAGGAUGGAGGCACGACUCUUUUCCCCGAGCAGCUCAAUCCUGACAGAGCGGAUACUCCAGAUGCCCCUGACAUCACCAAACCUACGCCGAAAAAGAAGCAAAAUAAAAAGGCGAAAGCGAAGGCUAAGGCAGCCGCCAAUGCUGCGGCUGCUGCAGCCACUGCAGCGGUCGACACAACAGCGCCCCAGCCACAUCCAAGUGGCGAAGACAGAAAAUUACAGAUCAGACUCGCCCGCAAUCAGCGAAAAAAAGCGAGGAAAGACGAAGCAAAAGCCAGAAACACUGCAGAAUCGAAACCCGACCUCGAAGUUAAGGCUGUGCCGGUACCGAGUGAGAACGCAAGCGAACAAACCACAAAAGAAACAGACACAGAGAAACCUCAACCAGCUCAGCAGCCUUCCCAUCGCAAAAAGAAAGCCAAUAAGAGGAAAGCUCUAGCUAUCUCAGGCGAGCAUGAACAUCCUAUUACCAAUCCAGUUUCCGAGUCCAUAGACAGAGAAAUGUCUUCGCCUUCGAAGGAUACUGGAUCUGGAUCUGGAUCUGAUUAUGUACUCUCUGAAAGUGGCGCUACAGCUGCGAAGACGAAGACGGUGUAUUCCAAGGAAGGUUCGCCUGAAUACAUACCUACCGAUGCGCGAGCGGAUAUCGGUGUGAAUACGGAUGCUGCUGUUGAAGUCAGUACCGGCAAAGCGGGUCGGCCUCGCUCGCCGUCUGCUGCGUCUGUUCGAUCGAAUAAUUCGUUGCUUGAUCGGCUUGAGGUUGGGCUUGGGAUGCAUAAGUGA